AAGCCCCACGGCCCUACCCUAGCCGGCUUGCCUUUGUCUAUCCGAUCCAGUGAAAGAGACAAGAACACCAACUGGCAACUACCAUUUUGGCAGACCGCGUAUUUUAUUCCACCAUUGCUUUCCGCUCUCGAAGGUAACCACGUGUCUGUUCCUGCCACAGAAGAUUUCAACAAAAAAAAUCGCGCAAUAAUGACUCGUUACGCCAGAGCAAACGGUUCUAAAUCAUGUAAUGCUCGUGUGAGUGCAGAUCCGACACCGUGGUCUGAAAUGGUAUCCCCUAACAAGCGCGCAGCCGAGAGCAUCGAUGACGAUGACGUUACAACUCCUAAAAAAGAGAAAAAAACUCCCAAGAAGACUCCUAAAGUUGUCAAACUUGAUCCUGGGACACCAAAAUCACUAGCUGUUCUUAAGAGUCCAGUUCAUGAAACUUCACCACUAGUAGCUACAACAUCUGCUAAAAAAGUUUUUCGGAAAACUCCAGCGAAGCAGAAGGACACCAGCUCUGUUAAUACUCCUGGAAAUGCUAGCACCCCACAAGCAGGAAAGCUUUCACAACCCAGUCCAGUUCAAACAAGGUCUGCUCGAAAGAAGAAAGCUGAAAUUAAUGCAACACUGGGUACCCCAAAUAGUAAGGCAGUUUCUCCAACUAAAACUGUCAAAGGAAAAAAUCUUAACUCAAAGACAACACCAAAAACCCAGAAAAGUACUCCUAAGGCUAAAGGAAUGAAAAAUAGCAAUAAAGAAGACUUUAAACUUGAGCUUGAUGAUGAAAUGGAUUCUGAUGAUUUGGAUUCUGAUGACAAUAUGGUUGCUGAUCAUGAUUCAGAUGAUAUUGAUUCAGAUGAUGAAUUUAUAGAUGAAGAGCAGGCUGCAAAACUUAAAGCAGAACUUCAAUCUAUCAUCAACAAACCCGUCAAUAGCAAGUCAAUCCUGAAGAGCACGAAAACACCGAUUAAGGUAACGAAAGCGGCCGAGACUCCAAUGAAGGAAUCCCAUGUAUCCCAAAAAAGCCCAAUUAAGGCGGCCACGUCGACAGCCAAUACCCCCGCCAAAGAGACAUCUGAGUUGGGUGACACUGCAGUUAACGGAACCUCUUCUGCAGUAAAGAUGAUUAAGACGGAAGCAUCUUCUCCCGUGAAACAGGAAGCUCUUCGUACUAAAACUCCGACUAAGCAAACUCCAGCGAAGCAAACUGCGUCUCCAGGAACUCCAAAAGCAAUUCCUGCUUCGAUGAAAACUCCAGUGAAGGAAAACUCUAACCAGGUUAAAACUCCAGCGAAGGAGAACUCUAACCAGGUUAAAACUCCAGCCAAGGGAACCCCUUCUCAGGCUAAAACUCCGGCAAAGGAAACUCCUACCCAUGCUAAAACUCCGGCGAAGGAAACUCCUAUCCAGGCUAAAACUCCGGCGAAGGAAACUCCUAUUCAGGCUAAAACUCCGGCGAAGGAAACUCCUAUUCAGGCUAAAACUCCAGUCAAGGGAACCCCAUCUCAGGCUAAAACUCCGGCCAAGUUAACGCCUACUCAAGCUAAAAUUCCAGCGAGGGAGACGCGUACUCCAGCCAAGGAAACACCUACUGCAGCCAAAACUCCGGCUAAAACUCCAGCCAAGGAGAAACCUAUUCCGGCCACAACUCCAGCGAAGGAGAUGCCUGCUCCGGUUAAAACUCCAGCGAAAGAUAAAACUACGGCCAAGGCAACGGGUUCUCCUGCACCGGUGAAAACUCCCAAAGAGCCUUCUUCGGCAGAAACGCUCGUCAAGGAAACCACUGCUACAGUAAAAACCCCGGCUAAACAAAUUCUUGCUUCAUCUAAGACUCCUGUUAAAGCCAAAGAAACUUCGACUCCAGCUAAGACGAAGAACUCACCGUCUCUGACUGAAAUUUCGGCAGUGGAUGCCAUGGGUCAAGCAAUAACCCCUGGACAGGAUAAAGAGACUCCCGCGAAAUCGUUGACCUUAGGAAACUUAAAAUUGCCAAACAAGAGAGAACGAAGAGCUAUGAAGAAGGCCAAGGAAAAUCAAGCACCGGAAGAGUCGGGGGUUUCCGAAGUAGCUGGUGAAGCUACAUCUAAGGAUUCACAAGCUCGAGAUGAACUCGUUGAUGCAAAAGCAGCCAAAGCUCUAGCGAGGAAGUUAAGAUGGAAACAAAAGAGAGAUGAAUUUAAAAAGGAAAGAGCUGCAGCGCAGGCCAAAAAUAAUGGAAAUAGGGAUUCGCAAUUAAAUAACGAAACCUCAAUAAUGGAAAAGGAGUCGAAGGGUGUAGAUAAUAAAACAGUCGUACACGACAUGAUGAAAUAUCUUACCUCUAGACAAAUCGGACUGGCGUUAAAUCGAUCUCCGAAAAGUAAAUCGAAUGCCGCAUUGGCCGAAGAAGAAAGAUAUGUCGAAGUUCGCAAGAAGCUAGUAGCCAGUGGGAAAACAGAUGAAGAAAUCGAUCGAGAUCUUCCUAGGAUAAUGAUGGCGAUCCAGAAGCGUUUAGAGCAAACUCGAUGCCUUAGGUGUCGUAAAAGGGGACACAUGCAGAGAGACUGUCCUAUUUCUGGGCUAAGACCGGUCAGCAAAUGCUAUAAAUGCGGAGACACGACGCACACUAUUAAAGAUUGUUCCAUCAAGGAAGAGGUUUACACCUAUGCCGAGUGUUUCAUUUGUCGCCAGACUGGUCAUCUUACUCGAAAUUGUCCUAGUAACCCAAAAGGGAUUUACCCUCAUGGUGGUGCAUGUUUCAAAUGCGGUGACAAUAGUCACUUGAGCAAAUUUUGUCCUGGUACCAAACGAUCCCAGGAAGAAAAGGAAACGUCAGAAGUUAUUCAUAAGAAAGUUGUCGCUGGCGUACUGAACGUUAAACAAUCAGCUGAUGCUGACGUCAUGGAGGAUACCGUUGGACAGACUCACAACCAAACUCCAAAGCAAGGAAAUAAAAAGCGAGUCGUGAAAUUUUGAUGCAUUGACUAGUGGUGUUCUAAACGAUUACGUAUACACCAUAUGCUGUCCUAAUCGGAUUCUUGUGAAUUGACUUACGGGAAAUACACGGUUCUUCAAGA